GUCGUCUUUAUUUACGUUCCUUUUCAUCCCCACAACAACACUCGGGGCCAUGGCGAGGAGACUAGAAAAUAAAGACUUAAUGUAACAUAUUCUUAUGGAUCGUUGGAUGAUCCUGCGCACCUGGUUGUCUCUGCAAAAGCAAACCCUGGGUGGAGGAGGCCUGUGGGACGACCUAGGAAGUCGUGGCUUGGGCAUAUUGAUCAAACCUGUCGUGAGGAGCUUGAGAUGGGCCGAGUCCUUGCCUAGUGGCUUGCCAUGAGGGAUCCCAGAAAGUGGAAACAAACGGUGGAUGCGGCUCUGUGCCCCCAUCGUCGUUAGCCCUUUGAUGAUGAUAAUGAUGCUUGGACUCUACAACUCUGCAAGAAACUUGAUCCAUAAGCUGCUGAAAAUGUCAUAGUCUUGUAAAUCAGUGUUCUUUACACUUUUCAUGGUCACAACACCAAGAAUACUUUUCAUUUAUUCACAACAACAAAGAAUAGAGCAAGAAUGCCGACUCUUCCAGCCUGUGCUGUAGGGGGUCUAUACCCCAGAAGACGUCAGCAGGUCAGACGUGACCAUGACAAGAAUAUCAUGUCUGGGGUGGUCAGCAUUAUUGUAAUUGUUGUAGUGUGUGCUUGCCUAAGCCAACCCCAGUGGUUCUGGUUGGAUGGAGGGGGUUGUACCACACAUACUAUUGGCCUAUAUAUGUUUUUCCACCCGGGAGAGUUCCACGUAACUGAAGACACAACUUACAGCCCUUCAACGUCUCACCUAAUAUAUUAUGCAAAUGGCCACAAGCUGAAAUAUUGUGUGACUCCCGAAAUCGUAACCUUGAUGAGAGUUGUAAUUGGUCUUAUCUUUGUGAUGAUUUGCACAUCAUUAAUUCAAAUGAUGCUUGACAUAACUGGCCCAACAGGCAGAGUUCUUAAGUGCAUCAGAAAAAAUGCAGUUGCUGGGAUUAUAUCAGUUUUGGUGUGUGUAGUGUGCGUUGGUGUAUGCUACUACAUUACUACCUUGAUAGAAACACAACAAGAGGCCACAAAGCCAGUGACUGGACCGGCAGCAUCUGCUAGAGUGCAGAUUAAGCUAGAUGUUGGGUUUUACCUUCUCAUAUUUGCAGGUGGUAUGUCUGUGAUGUCUCUGUGGGAUGCAGCUGGCUACGACCAGCACACAUUUUCCAGGAUGGGGAUGCAGCUCCCUUAGUAGAAGAGUGGGGUGGCC